GAAGCGGCGGCACCUCGUGGUUCCGGCAGAGGCGCUCGGGACCACCGUGGCCAGUCCUUGUUCCCGUUCCCACGUCAGCCUCCUUCCCGGCCCCGAACCCCCCAGUUCCCGUUCUCCUCUCACUCUUGGACCCGUUCCGGCUUCUUUCCCGUUCCCGGCUCCAUUCCCGUUCCCAUUUCCGGCCCCGUUCCCAUUCCCGUUCCUGCCAUGGCGGUCCGCGCCAGCUUCGAGAACAACAACGAGCUGGGCUGUUUCGCCAAGCUCACCAACGCCUAUUGCCUCGUGGCCAUCGGUGGCUCCGAGAACUUCUACAGCGUCUUCGAGGGGGAACUCUUCGGGACCAUCCCAGUGGUUCACGCGUCGAUCGCCGGCUGCCGCAUCAUCGGCAGGAUGUGUGUGGGGAACAGACAUGGGCUGCUGGUCCCGAGCAGCACAACAGACCAAGAGCUGCAGCACAUCCGCAACAGCCUCCCGGAUUCUGUGCGGAUCCAGCGCGUGGAGGAGCGCCUGUCGGCUCUGGGCAACGUCACCACCUGCAAUGACUACGUGGCUCUGGUUCACCCAGAUCUGGACAGGGAGACAGAAGAGAUCCUGGCAGAUGUGCUGAAGGUGGAGGUAUUCAGACAAACAAUAGCAGACCAGGUGCUGGUUGGAAGUUACUGUGUUUUUAGUAACCAAGGAGGAAUUGUGCACCCUAAAACUUCAAUUGAUGACCAGGAUGAGCUGUCGUCUUUGCUGCAGGUUCCACUUGUGGCAGGGACGGUGAACCGCGGCAGCGAGGUGAUCGCAGCGGGGAUGGUGGUCAAUGACUGGUGCGCCUUCUGCGGGCUGGACACCACCAGCACCGAGCUCUCCGUCAUCGAGAGCAUCUUCAGGCUCAACGAGGCGCAGCCAAGCACCAUCGCCACCAACAUGAGGGAUUCCCUGAUUGACAGCCUGACAUGAGCAGUGUUGGUUCCUACUUCCCAGAAAGCUCCUAAGGAGUGAAGUGUUGAGCUGCACUUUGGAUUACAGACAUCCAGACCUUUUGAUGAUGUUUCUGCAGGCUUGGCCCAAGGGAGAAGCUACAAAACCAAUUUUUUGUUAUCUUUUGUAAACUGUUACCACAAAAACUGACAAAUAACAUGCAUAAGAUACAUUAUAAGGAAUGCUCUCUAUUCCUUUGCUUAGUUCUUCAGCUCUGCUUUCUGAUUUUGUGAUGCCUCAAAUUGCCCCACAGUAUUUACUCUUGUGGCUCUUGGAUGUUGAUCACUAGAGAUUAUUUUGCUUUGGCACUCUCUGUGCUGCCCUCUCUUUCCACACUCCUGCUCGAGUGGUGUUUCUGCUCUAGGUACAUGUAAGACCCCUUUGUAUGUCCAGUAUCAAAAACAAAGUAGUUUGCUUGCGACAAAAUAAUUCAAAAUCAUCACCUGCUCUUUUGCCCUGACUUGUAGCUGUUCCCAUGGGAUGGUGAUUCUGAAGUGAUCAGCUUGGAUAAAAACUGGGGUUUUUCAGUGUCAAUCCAAGUGCUUUUAACAACAACAGUGUGGGAGUCCCCGGACCAAUAUUUGACCUGGUGUCACCUGUGCUGCUUCUGAGGCACCUGCAGGAGGCCCAAAAGGCACACUGUUGCCAGUGGGCUUAAUUUGUCCUGCAGGAGUUCACCUCCUACAACAGGAAACUCUUAGAAAUCAGCAAAUCCCAAUAGAUUUGGACCCUCUCAUCUGGAGUUACCUCGGAGACAAAGGUUAAAUAACAUGGUCCUAAGCAGUCAGUCAGAGGCGACAGAUUUGAGAGCUUCCUCAUGAAGAGCUCUGCCUGUGCCAGAUGGAAAGCAGCUGUAGGUGCUACUUUCAGGCAGAAGAUUGUAAUGUCUUUCUACACAGCUGUUGCUCAGUGAUAGCUUAUUUCAGCUGCUUUCCUGCUUGCUCAUUAAGGAUGCAUUGAAGGCAUGGAAGUGCCUCCAUUUCUCAUCCUGAGGGUAAGAGGAAGCUCUCAGUUGUCUCCACAGAGCUGCUUUGCUCUCAGCUGGGUUCUCCUGGGGAAUGAUGACCUGAGAUGAGCAUGAGCAUGGGCAGAGCUCUUUUCAGCCCUGUUGUUUUGGGCUUUGUAGAAAACAAUAAAUUUCCAUUUUUGUUUUACCAUCUGGAUGUUCAGGGAAAGCUUUGUAAGAUUUGGCUGAUAUAAAAAGUUACUCCUUAAACUUCAAAAUAAAGAUAAUGCCAUGAUCAUCUGUGAUUAGAUAUCAAUCCUUUCAUAUCAUGCACCACCUGUCUUGGCCCUGACUCCAGAUGUCCUCCUCUCAGCCUGCUCAGUAUUUAGAGGGAGAAGCUCCUUCCCUUUGGCCACCUCACAGGGCUCAGCUCUUGCGUGGAGCAAAUGUGAUUCUUGUUUUUAAACGUGGGUGUGUGGGAAUUCUGAACAAAGAAAACAAACUAUAAUAAAGAAUGGAUUUAGAAACGUGAA